AUGGCCGAAAUAGUGGAUGAUAAGUCACAAUUCUGCAUCCCAUUUAUAAUUGAGCGUCUUCAACUCCAUCGUCUACGCAAUGCCAACAUUGAGAACGCACCACCUUUCUUUCUCGGCGUUAAUGGAGUUCAAGGAGCUGGUAAGACUGUGCUGGUGUCCAUUAUUCAACAGACUCUUGAACGUCCUCCCCACAAUCUGCCCACUGUGGUCUUCUCCCUCGAUGAUUUAUACCUCACCCAUGCGGACCAAGUAGACUUAGCAAAAACACAUCCUGACAACCCUCUACUUCAACAUCGCGGUCAGCCAUUAACUCAUGACAUCCCUCUGGCAAGUUCCGUCUUUUCUUCUCUACGUCAAAAUGCUCCAACAAAAAUUCCGCAGUACAACAAAGCUGCAUUCGGCGGCCAGGGAGACCGUCUGUCUGAGGAUCAGUGGCUGAAGGUCAAUUUUGAAGGACAGAACACGGUGAAAAUCGUGAUAUUUGAGGGUUGGUGUGUAGGUUUCCGUUCGCUGAGUGAGUGCGACCUCAAGCAGAAAUGGGAACAUGCUAUGAUGAGUCGUGAAGCAGGUGAAUAUAUUGGAAGGCUUGGAUUUAAUACGCUAGGGAAUGUUGCCAGCAUCAACACCGCAUUGAGGGCAUACGAGCAGAUCACCAACAAUCUGGACGCCUUAGUCCAUAUCGACGCGUUCGAUCUGCAAUACGUCUAUAAAUGGCGACUAGAACAGGAAGCUCGUCUCCGAGCCUUGAGAGGAUCUGGUAUGACAGAUGAGGAAGUCAAGAAUUUCGUCGAUGGAUAUUAUCCAGCUUACGAGCUGUUCACUGAUACUCUUCGUGCUGGUAUUUUCGAAGGUGAGACAGGGCGGCAACUAAGACUCGUAGUUGGCGAAGACCGUAAAGUCAUGGAAGUUAUCAAAAUAUGA